AUGAAUCCAGUUUAUUCGUACUUCAGAGAGUUUACAAGAUUAGCACGAUUCCAAAUGCAAAACAUUUCGCCAAUGCGAUCUGUCUGGCCCAUUAUUCAGCGUUCUCUCGUUAAAAAAGGAGAGCAAGUUCCAGAAGAUUUGCCAGUUUGGCAUUCAGCCGUUCCUCUUGUUUGCUCAUUCGGAUCGCCAAAGAACGUAAAACUAUCAAUACUAGAUGCUAGUGUAUCUUUGAUUAUACUAAACACACUCGAAGAAAUUUCUUCAAUUCUGACAAAAUCAGAUGGACCUUCAAUGGAUUCCAAAUCAAUGGAAUUGAUUAACUCUACAGUAGAAUCACACUGUGAAGUGCUUACUUUCCUUUUAGAAGCACUAACACCUCCAGAAACUGAAAAUAACGCAGAUACCGAUUGCGCGAAGUUAAUCAAGCAUUUAAAGAAAUUCAAAUCAGAACCGAAAAACGAGAAAAAUAAUACUUCAAUUGGAAAAGAUGUAAAGAAAAUUUCAAAAUUUAUUCGUAAGAGUUUCUCAUCAUUACUCAAUAACAGUAACAUUAGUGCAACCAUUGAUGAAUUUCGUAACUUAAUCCUUUCAUUCCAAACUCUUGGUUUAUUUUUAAAUCUUAUCUCCGUUUCUGAACAAUUUGAAUUCUCAGAAGGUACUGUAAUCGAUAUUUCUCGCAAUGCUUUUCAAGGAAAUUCACGCAAAUUAUUAGAAAAUCUCUCAAUUUUCCAGAAAAAUAUCAAUGACAUGCAAAAAGAUCAAAAACUACAGUCCUACAACAUUUUCAAGGUAUUAUUCGCUUCUUUGAACUCGAAGAUCGACGAAUAUUCUACAGCGAUCAAGAAAAAUCCCAUGAUUCCACUUCAUUCUAAACUCGUCCUUCCAGAAAUCGAUAAUUUCCCAAUUGAAUGUGCCGAUGUACUUACAAAUAUUCUAAAGACCGCCAUAAACCAUGUAAAUAUCGAAACUCCCGUUUUUCAACAAGCGGCUCAAACAAUUUACGAAAAAGCGAAGGACCAACAGAUCCAAUACAUAUGCAGUUGCAUUAAUUUCUUACCAGAGGCAGCGCUCGGAUACGUCGCUUUGCUUUCUGCUUUGUUGCCAUUUUCAUAUUCUGAAAGGCUUCCACAUUUGAUCAGUUUGGAUCAAACAUUACAAGAUUUAUUUAAUAUCAUACACACAAAAUGCGUCAAAAUCGCUUCUCCUGUUGUUGUUAAUUUACCAAAGGCUUUACAACAGUUUGUAGGCAAAUACCUUGAGACACCAUCAACUUUAGAGCAAUUUUAUCACAGUGUCAUUGCUCUCAAGGCCAUCCAACCUCAUUUGAACGGACUUGUUGAAAAUUUCCAAUUAUUUAACACGAAUUUUGACAAUUUGAACAGAAUAUGCAAUGCAUUAUUUAUUGCCAAGGCUGCUGCAUUACGUUUGUCCGCAGUUUACCUUUCAGAAUGCGCAUUUAAGUUCAUUGGAAAUCAUAUCAACAUUUCCUCAAAGACAUCCAAGUCCAUUCUCGAUUCCUUUGAUGUACUGAUCAAAUUCCCCAACGAUGCAUGCGACUACGAUGAAUAUUCGAAGCUAAUUGAAACAGUAUCUACAUUAGCCGAACUAAUUACUCAUACAACCAAGCAAGUUAUAUCAUCUGCACCUGUCUCCAUCUCAGAUACACUUACUUCCAUCGGAAUGAUCUCACAGAACAUAGAAGAGACAUUUUCUUUGUUCGAAUCCCUUAAAAACUCUCUUUCCAAGAUAGAAGACAUUCCUAUUGUUGCAACACAAGCCUGCUUGAAGUCAGCGAUCAAUCCAAUGGUUGCACAGCUCGACAACAUCAAGCAAUACGCGCAAUCCAAGCCAGAAUACGCUAAACAAGCUUUGAGUGACAUGAAACUGUUGACAUUCCAACUUUCUCAGAUGAUGGACACUUUGGAGAACGAAUUAUCAGAUGAAGACGAAGAAGUCAUCAGUUUAUUCCAUAAACUCAAAGAUGUUUCUGAUCCUUCAGAAAUGAUAAAGUGUUCGGAAGAAAUUUUGGAAAAACUAAACAAAGUUUCGAACAAAUUAUCAGAAGAAAACGUCGACAGAGAGAAGAUCGAGAAUGUUUCAUUCGAGAACAUGGAAGAUCUCACGAAAGCUCUCGAACAAAUCUCAGACGAACUCUCAAGACAAGCAACAGUUGAAUGGGUUUUGUCUUCUCAAAAUGAUAAAUCCGUCAACAAAUUGUUUGUCAAUAAUACAAACAUGGUCAAAAAGUUCGUUGUUUCUCGCAUGAAAAGCGAAAAUCGCUAUGAAAGCGUUGACCAAAUCCUUCAACUCCCUGACGAGAAGAUCAUGAACGACCUUCCAAACAUCGCUUCAAGUUUGACGAUGAUUUACAACGAAGCAGGAAUUCCCAAACUCAAUGAAAUGUCAACUGAAAUUUUGAGUUGCGAACAAGUCGGUGACGUCAAAUCGAAACUCCAACAGAUAAAGACGUUCAACAGCAAGUACAAUCCAUUCUACAAGGCGUUGAUGGCUUUGUCGGAAGAGCUCAGAACAACGAAACAAGAAUGCACAAAAGAAAUUGCUGAUUUAUGCAAUUUGUAUAAUUAUCAAUUACCUGUUGUUAAUUCUGGUGAUUUAAGAGAGAAAUCUCUUCAUCAGAUCUCUAUUUUGAUCGCGACAUUGGUAUGCGAGGAAAGAAACUACUCCAAGGAAUACGUGAACCAGAUGCUACAAAAGAUAGAAAACGCUACAGACAUCUCUAGUUACGUCCAUAAUGUUUUGUCAACUUUCAUUUGUUCGGCGGUUAAAAGCGGUUGUUUCUCUGACCAAAUUAUUACAAAAUCGUAUAAUUUGAUGAACGCAUACUCCGCUUAUGAAUCAAGUCCAACUGUUACGUCAAAGAAACUGCUUAUGCAAGAGAUCGCAAAUCAUCCAAUUCAGUUUACAAAAGAAGGUGAAAUGAACAUGAUGUUCACUUCACUUGUGAGUUUAUCAUUAGCCAGUGAUGAUUUCGACUGCGACAAAGUUCGCUCUAUCAUUCACAUGUUGGGAUUCGAGAACCAAUAUGUUGGAUAUUACCUCAAAGAUGUUUACGAGUACAAACAAGUCAUGCCACCAGAAGAAACACAAGAAAUGGCUGCAUUUAGAAUCACAGGAUCCGCCAGAAAGAUCUUAAAGGGUUUGCGCAAAUUCAACAGAGCAGCUGAGCACAAAGAAGUUUCCAUUGUCAAAGAUAAAGCGAAUUCUCUUCUUAACGAUAUCAAUGACAUGUUGAAACUUUUGGAGAUGACAGAAGACGCCAAAUACAACGAAUAUUAUCAGAUGUGUGACAAUGUAAGGACUGUUGUUGAAAGAGUUGUCAAUGAUGUAAUACAAGGAAAACGUGAUUCUGUUUCUAUUUUGCAAUCUCCAUUCACUGAUUUGGCAAAUGCAAUCAGAGAAUACAUUGGAGAAACAAAUGCAAGUGGAAAGACACAAACACCAAUAAUAGAGUAUCUCACGAUACUUGCAGAAGAUAUUCAAGAUGUUUCUAAUACUGUUGACAAUGAUCCAACAGAAGAAGAACUCUCGAAGUACCCUCCUUUGAAGAAAUAUUCAAUCACGGAAUUCAGAACUGUUUUGCAUCAUUCAAGAGCGUUCGUUGUAGAAAUAAAGUUGUUGAUAACAAGUUUGAUACAAGAAAACGUUUCUUUCGAUGAAGAACUGGAGAAAGAAUACGAAAGAGCUUGUAAUCAAGUAAGAGAAAGUGUACAAGUUAUUUAUUUGUUGUCAAGAGUUUUGUCAACAGAAGACAAAUCGUUUAAACAGAGAGUUAUUUUGGGAGCAAGAAGAUUCUCUGCUGCUUUGCAAGUUUUGUAUUCUCACGUACAAACUAACGGAAACCAAAAGGAAAUUUACGCAAAGCUUGGUGAAAUCAUCGAUACAGCAAAUACUCACAUCAGAUCUGUCAUUGAUUUCGCUUCUCAAUACGGUGUUUCUUCUUCUGCAGCUACUUCUGUUUCAAACAAGAAGACAAUCAUCGACGAGUCUUACGAAAUUACCCACGAAAUGUCUAUCGAAAAGAUGCAUCUCAUGGCAAAGAUCGCAAGGCUGAAGAGAGAACUCGAUGUUGCUAUUAACACAGAGAAAUUCUUAUCUCAGUAA